AUGGACGAAGAAAUUGUACCAAGUUUAUCGCCUUAAUGCUUAUUCACACACGUAGACUUUUGCUGCCGCAACUAAUAGUUUAAAGCGAGGUGGUGGUGGAAAAGAAACGAGAGCAUCGCGAUAUUCCGCAUCAAGCUUUGUAUUUGUUCGUAACAAUUCACUGCUACAUACGCAGUUUGGCCAGAGAAUGUAAAGUAUGUGAGAGAACUGUAAACAAUGUUAAUAUUUCGCAGCGUGAAUUCUGUGGUUGUGAGGUGAAUUCCGUACUUCAAUUCUAUAAAAUGUUCGACAUCGAACCUGCACCUUCUCUAUGGCUUUAAGUUCUCUGGUUCUACAUGGUUGCAAUGGCAGUAAGUUUGAAAUUUUACAUGAAAUAUACAUAAAACAUUUCUGUCAACGAAUAGAUUGAACAAGGCCCAAUAUCUUCAAAAUGUAAUCAAGAAAGUCUUAAAAAAUACAUAAAAAAGGUGGGCAACACCAAGAAGUAAAUUUGCAAAGCUGACACUUCGUUCCAUUUCCAAAAUUAUUUGUUUGCAUGCAAAGUCGAUUAUGUGGUUAUCGGUAACGAGAUAUUUUGUAGUGUGCUUUGUAUACAUAAAUAUAUUAUUCUCAAUUUAAUUUCACUUAACAUGGACUUCAUAGAUGAUUUUAUUGAGGAAUAUAGGAAAAACCCAUGUCUUUGGAAGGCUGACUGUACAAAUUUUAAGAAUCGUACCAAGCGACAAGAGGCAUAUUUGAAAUUAAUAGAAGUAGCAGCAAAGCAUGGAGAGCACUACAACAUUGAACGAACGAAGCAAAAAAUUAAUAACUUGAGAUGCGCGUUCCGACAACAAUUGAAGAAAAUCGUAGAAUCUAAGAAUAAAGGAGAGAAAGAUGAACCCUACUGUCCAAAACGCAGAUAUUUUGAAUCUUUAAUGUUUUUAAAAGAUGAGGAAAAUUUGGACAGAAAAUCAAAGCGUUGUGGAGUUAUAGGACCGUCAAAUGGUGAAGAAAUCGAGUCGAGCACAAUGGAGCAAGAUUGCAUAGUUGAAGGGAUAAUUGAAUCGCAUGCAGUUAUAAAUAAAUUGACUCAAAAUAUGUGUCCUUCAGAUAGCACAGAAGCGGAUCAGACUACAAAGCAAUUAACGCAAAAUGAAAUUUUAGAGGAACAGACAAUAGAAGAGAGUUUUACAGAAUACAGUGACGAUGUAUACAAUAAAAUAAAUGAUUUAAUGCCUCCGGAAAGAGGUUUGAAAGAUCAAAAAUCUUAUGAAAAUGAAAAAGAGACGUGUUUCCUGCCAGUAUCAAAUAACUCCCGAAAAAGAUCUUCAUCUACUUCUUCGCAAUUAUCAAAGGAAAUUGAAGCCCCCAGUAAAAGAAUGUAUAAAUUGGAAGCAUCUUCAAUAGACUUGGAAAAAAUUUUGUCGCUUGCUUGUAAAAGUCAUAAUAGUAAUAUAGAUGACCAUUUCGCGAAUUUUGGAAAGAUCAUUGCACACAAACUUCGGACUAUGGAUAAUUCUCAAGCUAUUUAUGCAGAAAAAAUUAUCACAGAUGUUUUAUUUCACGGGCAAAUGAAAAUGUUAACUGUAUCAAGCAUAAAACAAUUUUUGAAUGUUAAUUUCCCAGAUUUGUGCGAAACUGCACGAUGUAAUAAAUAAACUAGUUAAGUGUUUGGUCUUGAGAGAGCAAAUAAAAUACCAAUUAUUUAUUGUAUAUAUAAA